AUGGUAGUGAGAAUUCGUUUGGCAUGUCAUGGUAUCCGUAACCGACCAUUUUAUCAUGUUGUAGUUGCAGAUAUUAAAUCUCCGAGAGAUGGUAAACAUAUAGAAAAAGUAGGAAUUUAUGAUCCAAUUCCAAGUCUAGACGGUAUAAAAAAUAUUGAGUUAAACAUUGAAAGAAUUAAAUAUUGGUUGGGAGUUGGUGCACAACCUAGUGAAACUGUUGCUAGACUUUUAUCAAAGGCAGGAAUUAUUCCUCCGAUACCAAGAAAAGAAGAUACUUUGAUGGCAAGCGAAAAGUUCUUUAGCUCAGCAUCACAUGAUUUAAUUGUUCCAAAACAACAAUGA